AUGGCUUCAGCACCAGCACCAGCACCAGCACCAGCAGUACCAGGCUCGGCUCCAGUCCCGGCACUGGUUUUAAAGCCUUAUAUCAAUUUCAAGGUGCUUACUAAUCCAGAGACAGCCGCUGCUAUGGCGGCCAAUAUUAAACAUCGCAACCUUCCAGAAACUAUCUCUGUAGCAGCAGUAUCAGAUCUAUAUAAGACAGUAAUCGAGCGGACGCAGCAAUUGGAUAAAGCGCGUUCAGAGAGGAACCGGGUCGCUGCAGAGAUAAAGUCUCUUUUUGGUGAAUCAAAAGAGGCAAAGAGACAAAAACUUGUAGAAAGAGGAAGAGUCCUCAAAGAAGAGAUCCAUACUCAGGAGGCAGAACUAGCAGUUCUGGAGACCCAAUUAUAUGACCAAGCGGUCUUGAUCCCCAAUAAUACACAUCCUACUACACCUAUCGGGCCCGAAUCUGCAGCACAGCUCAUCCGAAUCCAUGGUUAUCCUCUCCUGGACCAUGUCACCUUAUCAAAGCAACUAGAUUUGGUUGAUUUCGAGUCUGCAGCCGCUGUAACAGGAUCUCGUUGGUAUUAUCUGAAGAAUGAAGCCGCGUUGUUGGAAUUGGCAUUGGUCCAGUUUGCUACCCAACGUGCUGUCAAGGCUGGCUUUAUGCCGGUGAUCACACCUGAUGUCGUUCGACCGGAAGUUGUCCAGGCCUGUGGAUUCCAACCUCGUGAUGAGGCCUCACAAACAUAUUGGGUCUCUACAACCCCACCUGGAUCUAGCAAAGCAAAUGCUAGCACAUUGUCUCAGUCGGAUGCUGAUCAGCAACGGCAACAGCACCAUUAUCAUCAGCACUCAGCGUUAUGCCUUGUAGCAACAGCAGAGAUUUCUUUGGCUGGUAUGAACUUGGACAAAACGUUAGAAGAGAGUCAAUUGCCCAUCAAGAUGGCUGGUUUUGGCCGGGCCUUUAGAGCCGAGGCAGGGUCCAGAGGAGCUGAAGUCAAAGGUCUUUAUCGUGUCCAUCAAUUCAGUAAAGUAGAGCUGUUUGUCCUCUCCAAGGCUGAUCCAGGCGUGAGCGAUAAUAUCCUCGAAGAGAUUCGAAAGUUUCAAGAAGAUUUAUUUGAAGAAUUGGGGCUCUGUUAUAGAGUAUUAGAUAUGCCGACUGAGGAAUUGGGUGCAAGCGCGUAUAAGAAGUAUGACAUCGAGGCCUGGAUGCCUGGCAGGAACAGCUGGGGCGAGAUUUCAUCUACCUCCAACUGUACUGACUAUCAGUCGCGACGACUCAACAUUCGUUAUAGAACUAACAAGAUCAUUAACAAACCUCUUUUGACAUCAACUGACAAGCCAUCAUCAUCCAAUAAUGAUAGUCCAUCUUCCAACUCGGUCAUCACCACAGAGUUUGCUCACACUCUCAACGGAACUGCCAUGGCCAUCCCUAGGAUUAUCGUUGCCCUUCUAGAAACAUAUCAGCGGGAGGAUGGAUCUGUUCGCCUGCCAGAGUGCCUAUGGCCUUUCAUGGCUGGUGUUAAGGAGAUCCGGCCCAAAGGCGUUUAA